AUGUCGUUCGACUGCACGUCGCCAGGGCCGCGAGAGGCCUUCGCCAUAUCCGUCCUCUCGCUCGUUCUGACCACAGCGGCAGCGGCUGCGGGGAUCGUGCUUGCCCUUCGGCUCGGCUCGACGGCCACGCUCGGCUUUGGCCUGGAGAACCUCGUCGACUGCGUCUCCUCGUUGCUGGUCGCUUGGCGAUUCUGGGGUGGGGGAGAGGGCACCAACGAGCACAUGCUUGCGUUGAGAGAGGAGCGCGCCGCUAUCGGCAUCGCCCUCUGCUUUGUACUUCUCGCCAUCGUCGUCGGAGGCGCCGCGUUGAUGGAGGUUCUGACGGGACACGACGCUGAACCGCCGGGCGGCGACGGCGAGGGUGGCUCCGCCCUGCUGCUCCUCCUCACCGCGCCGAGCGCAGCCAUCUUUGCGGCGCUCGGGUUGCUAAAACUACACAUCGGGGCCGCGGUCGAAUCGGCCUCGCUCAAGGAGGACGGCACCUGCACCCUCGCCGGCGCGCUGCUCUCUCUCGGCGUGUGCGUCGGCGUCGGGCUGGUGAGUGUGGAUCCGUCGCUGUGGUGGGCCGACGCCGUGGUGGCCCUAGUCGUCGCAGCCGCGCUGCUACUGCACGGAGGCCACACUCUCCUCGCCGCCGCCCGCCGCUCGAAGGCGUGGUGGAGGAAGCGCUUCUGGAAGCUUCGCGGCUUCGUCCCCUUCCCGCAGGAGAUGCUGGAGCGUCACGACGAGGGGGAGCGGCCCGACGAGAAGAUCUAG